UUGACAGGAAGAAAAGAUACACUGAAAAUGACUGGUGUGUGAAACACGCGGUUCCUCUUGGACAGUGGGAGCAAAGGCAUAGGAUGAACCCUGAUUCCGGUCCAGCGCAUAGGCACAACCAUUACAAGGACUAUCUUCGGUGGCUAUAUUCAGUGUCAAGAGUUUCAAUCAAGCCUCCACGCUCCACUGAGCCUAUAGAGGAUCGCGAGGACACCGACGAUGAUGAUAACAUCGUUGAUGAGUACGAUGAUAUCACUCGCUCAGGAGUUCAGCCGGAGAGGGCCCCUUUGCAAAACUACAUGGCACAACAACUCGGCCGGCUAGCUAACGAGGCCGGUGUCGCAAUGGCACAUGCUAGCCAAGGAGGAAACGGUGGGGGACACCUACGGGCGUUUGCCGAGAGAGUCCGCCGUAGUUGCAAGCGGAUGGCCGCAAAGCUCAACUGCAUUGCUAGGCCGGACGAGGCAUUCGCCCCUGGCCCACAAGCUGCAGGAACUUCAAGUGCACGUGCCGCUUCUUCGAGCAGGCGGACGCCUAUUCACUACGGUCAAGAGACCGCCAGAACCCCUUCUCGUUCGACCACUAGAACGGGUUCCCGUGCUGCUUCAAGGGGGAAAGGUAUUUGA